UCUUCUGAAUGGGCAUGUGCAAACCUCGCGCACAUGCUCACUGGGAGUUCUUGAGGAGUUUGGAGGGCACGUUUCUGAAGGAAAGCAAAUCGUGCGCUUACCGGUUGUGGACUUUCCAGCCGGAGCGGCAGCUGCUGCGCUAACCGCAGGCUCGCUCGCUCUCCUCGCGCGCAGGCGGGUGCGGGGACCGGGAGCACGGCGGCGCCUGACGCUGCGCAGCAGUUUGCGGUAUAAGGAAAUGCUAGAUCUAGUGACAUCACCCAGCUUGACUGUAAAUAGAGAACACCCUGACUUUCUGAAGCUUAACCUUUCUAACACUUAUGCCACGGUUCCAGAUGACAUAGAAGGCAACACUAAAGCUGCACCUCAGUAUCCUCUUCAUCUCUAUGCUACAAAACAUUAUCCCCAUAUAGUAACCAUCCCGUCUCUUCCAACGAUGGCCACAUAUGGACAGACUCAGUACAGUGCAGGAAUCCAGCAAACUGCCGGUUACAGUGCAUACCCACCACCUGGGCAGCCUUAUGGAAUACCUUCCUACAGCAUCAAAACAGAAGACAGUCUGAGCCAUUCACCAGGGCAGACCGGGUUCCUUAGCUAUGGAUCAAGCUUCAGCACUGCAACACCGGGACAAACACCCUACACCUACCAGAUGCAUGGUACCUCAGGGAUUUAUCAGGGACCUAAUGGCCUGACAAGUUCUGCAGGAUUUAGCACAGUGCACCAGGAGUACUCUUCAUAUCCUGGAUUCACCCAAAGCCAGUAUUCACAGUAUUACAGUUCUUCCUACAAUUCUUCUUACAUGUCUGCAAAUAGCAUCAGCCCAUCAGCCAUCCCAACGUCCACUUAUUCUCUCCAAGAGUCAUCGCACAACAUCAACAGUCAGAGCACCGAAUCACUUUCUGGAGAGUACACAACACCUGUAAAAGACACAGAAACAGACAGGCAGCACAGAGGGACUGAUGGAAAACUACGAGGCCGAUCAAAAAGGAGUAAUGAUCCCUCCCCAGCAGCUGACACCGAAAUUGAACGUGUGUUUGUGUGGGACUUGGACGAGACAAUAAUUAUUUUUCACUCCUUACUCACGGGAACCUUUGCAUCCAGAUAUGGGAAGGACACGACUACAUCUGUCCGGAUAGGUCUUAUGAUGGAAGAAAUGAUCUUUAACCUUGCAGAUACGCACCUGUUCUUUAAUGACCUGGAGGAUUGUGACCAGAUACACAUAGAUGAUGUAUCAUCAGACGACAAUGGGCAAGAUUUAAGCACAUAUAAUUUCUCAGCAGAUGGCUUUCACAGUUCAACCGCUGGAACAAAUCUUUGUCUGGGCUCCGGAGUCCAUGGGGGAGUUGACUGGAUGAGGAAAUUAGCAUUCCGCUACCGGCGGGUGAAAGAGCUCUACAACACCUACAAAAACAAUGUCGGCAGUUUAAUAGGAGCUCCUAAGAGGGAAACCUGGCUGCAGUUAAGAGCAGAACUGGAAGCGCUGACUGAUCUCUGGCUAACACAUGCUCUGAAAGCUCUGGAUUUGAUACAUUCCCGGCCUAACUGUGUAAACGUUUUGGUCACUACAACUCAGCUCAUACCUGCACUUGCGAAAGUGCUGUUGUACGGACUGGGCACAGUCUUCCCCAUUGAAAAUAUUUAUAGUGCAACAAAGACAGGGAAAGAGAGCUGUUUCGAAAGGAUAAUGCAGAGGUUUGGGCGGAAAGCUGUGUACGUUGUAAUAGGAGAUGGUGUUGAAGAGGAACAAGGAGCAAAAAAGCACAACAUGCCUUUUUGGAGGAUCUCCUGUCAUGCUGACCUUGAGGCUCUGCGGCACGCACUGGAGCUGGAAUACUUGUAGCAGACCUAGAUGUUUCCAAGGUGGGCUUCACAUCACACCUGAAGACACAACUUAUUUUAUUGGCAUUUUAUGCUAUCCAUGCCUUCCUUGGGGUGGAGCUCUUUUGUAUGAAAGCCUUUAAAAGAAAUCUGCACCAUGAGCACAGCAUACCAAGUUUCUUUUUCUUUGGAUGGAGGAGAAACCCUCAAAUAACCUAACAACUGGAUGCUUAGAACUGAAGUGGGACUUUUGCCAUGUAAAUGACUUCCAGGCUUGCAGAAGACCAGUCCUGGUUUAAUUUGUUAGCUCUCCCCACCCCCACCCCAACCCCUUGUUUUAAUGAAUGGGAAUGGGGUGGGAAGACAUGACAUGGAGUUUCUAGGCAUAUUUGCUGGACAGUUUAUCCAUUCAGAUGAGUUUCUGAGGAAGAGGAAGAUAAAAAUGGAAAUAGAUGAUUUUUUUGUAUUUUUUUAAUUUAUGAACUAAUCCUAUUACUCUGAUAUUAAGCUCAGUACCUGUGUUUGUAUCUGCCGGGUUCGAUGAACUCAGCUCAUUCUAAUUUAAUAGCUCUUUUCUCCAAGGUAAAUUCUGGGGAACAAUCAUUAUCACGUCCAUUUGAAAUGAGCACAUUUGGGCCUGUUGGUGUAAGAAUUAUAGCUAGUUUAUAAAAACUGUGGCAUGUGGGCUGCGCACAUGUCUACAUAGGCUGCCAUCUUGUUUUCGCAUGGUUGGGAGGAAGAAUUACCUUGUGAUGAGUGAAUGGCAAUAAAACUAUGUUUACAAUUUUAGGACUAA